CUAAAACAGAGAGGGAACUGUGGAAAACACCACUCCUCGGAGAGGAGCGUCGUCUCUCUCCUGGGGAAGAACACGGGCUACAGUCCCUUGGCGGAUUUGCAGAUUCGACGAGACUCGGGGACUUUUUCUGGUUUCCGAGAAUUAGGGUUCUCUUUGUAAUUAUUGGGAUAGAACAAGAAACGAGGGGCAGAGAUGUCAGACCUAGACAGGCAAAUUGAACAGCUGAAGCGCUGCGAGCCAUUGAAGGAAUCGGAGGUGAAGGCUCUUUGCCUCAAAGCCAUGGAAAUCCUCGUCGAAGAGAGUAAUGUCCAAAGAGUCGACGCCCCUGUCACUAUAUGUGGUGAUAUACAUGGUCAGUUCUAUGACAUGAAAGAGCUUUUCAAAGUAGGCGGUGAUUGCCCUAAGACGAAUUAUCUGUUUCUUGGCGAUUUUGUUGACCGAGGUUUCUAUUCAGUCGAGACAUUCCUCCUCCUACUGGCUCUCAAGGUCAGGUAUCCAGACCGGAUAACUCUCAUUAGAGGGAAUCACGAGAGCCGGCAAAUUACACAGGUAUAUGGAUUUUAUGACGAGUGCCUGCGUAAAUAUGGUUCUGUAAAUGUCUGGAGAUACUGCACCGACGUUUUUGACUACUUGAGUCUUUCAGCUCUUGUUGAGAACAAGGUCUUUUGCGUUCAUGGUGGCCUCUCUCCAGCUAUAAUGACUUUAGAUCAGAUCCGAACAAUAGACCGGAAGCAAGAGGUUCCACAUGAUGGCGCCAUGUGUGACCUUCUAUGGUCCGAUCCAGAAGACAUCGUUGACGGAUGGGGAUUGAGUCCACGAGGAGCUGGAUUCCUCUUUGGCAGCAGCGUUGUCACUUCUUUCAACCACUCGAACAACAUAGACUAUAUAUGCAGAGCCCAUCAGCUAGUUAUGGAGGGUUAUAAAUGGAUGUUCAAUAACCAGAUAGUUACAGUCUGGUCUGCUCCAAAUUACUGCUAUAGAUGUGGUAAUGUAGCUGCAAUUCUCGAGCUUGACGAGAAUCUGAACAGGGAAUUCCGUGUGUUUGAAGCAGCUCCUCAGGAAUCAAGAGGGGCUCUUCCCAAGAAACCAGCACCUGAUUAUUUCCUGUGAGCUGCAACAGUGAUGAAGCCAUUACUCAAAACAUGAACGGCCCAGGAAAUUCUACAAUUCUGUGUGUAAGUUAAUACCCAUAAUUGCAGAAGAUUCAACAAUCUUGGAGUCACAACAGAGAUCUCUACUUUUGAAGAACAUGACAAUCAAGGUGAGCAAGCCUUCAUAUGUGUUCUGCCACUUGAGUUUGUCUGAUAUUUGUGUGUGAUGGCCUUUGUGAAAGGCGAUCUGGAGAGAGAGUACAUGGACCUUGCAAGUACCAAAAGACAAAGUUUGAACGAUUCAGAUUUCUGAAAUCCUUUUCUUUCAUCCCUCA